AUGACUAGCAAAAGCGACAGGGUCUCGGUAACAUUGCCACUUGCGAACACUCUCUUCUCCAAUGGCAGAAGGUCAACUCUUCUGGCAUCCGAGUGGAAGCGUGCAACAGGUUUCUGGAAUACCGCCGAAAUGGUCCGGAGUGUUGAGAAGCAGAACCAGCUCGUCAGCCUUGCAAAUACCUUGUUGUUCCACCAGAUCGAAAUCCAAGCACCGCUCGUGCCUAUCACGCACCCACGUAAGAUUUUGGAGGGCUUGGGAAAUAUCAUCGCAAAGGUUCAAGUCGGCGAGGAACCAUGUCCUGCCUCAAUGGAGCUACAGAUGAACAUCCCACGCUUGAUGGAGGCUCGUCGCGCCCUGGCCCGUUCGUCACCCGUUUCUGGGGCCAUCGGUGUGUGGGCCAUGGUAUAUCCCCAACACAUGUUUCGUCCUCAGGCCGACAUGGUCAGAUUUGGACACACGAUUCAAACUGUGCACCUGGGAACGGCCAGUGGGAAGCUGGCCUUUGAGAUGUCGACUGAUCAAGAACGUGUGGCAUGGGAGCGUCAGAUUGUCCUCCGGAACGCCUUAUAUUUAGGUGCCCGGCUACACAAAAUCCUGGGAGGUGGUGGUGAAUGGGGCGCCAAAGCCAGUCUCCUGUCCCUGGACCCCAAAACCAGCCACGAGCCUCAGUCGGAGGCGGAUGAGCUAGAAAGGUUCAUGAGAUCGUUCAACGGCGAGCAAGGUGCGAAAGAUGCCAUUGUACAACCUGGGGACUACGUGCAAUUCUUCGUCGAGCGGGAUGCCAUACAACGGCCCCGACAGCAGAAUCUGAGCCUCAAGGCAAUACGGGACUACCCUCCGAUAAGAUUUGGUUGCGGAGAUUUGCACGUGAGAGACAUCGAGCCACCCGACUGGACUGUCUCGAGCCGACCGCACGACGACAGCGAACAUCUCAUUUCCGAUCACUUUGGGGCACACAGUGCGGAGGGCAUCUAUCUGUCAUGCAGUGCUUUAGGCCCAAACACCAAGAUGGACAUGCCUGGAGCAACAGUAGCCAUGGCAACAACGAAACAGAGCGCCACCGGGGUCUAUCGCCCAUACGCGAGACCAAUUCUGAAGAAACUGUCCUAA